UGGAAUGCCAAUGUAUAACGACGUCCUUGUACUGGAACAGAACUACUUUUUUGUAUUUGUACUGCUACUUCGUAAUAAAUAAGAAACAUACUCUGAAAAGUGUUGUAUUUGUGCGUAAUGCCACGCAAACUCGUAACGUCUGGUUUGCCAGAAGGCUGCAAUUUAUUCAAGUUUAAACUCUGGUUGAAAAACAACGCGAAAGUGAACUUCAUUGGAGAACCAAGCAGAGAAAAUAAUAACGUUGUCUUUAAAGUGGAUGAUGACACAGAAUGGAGAAGACUUCAAAAUAAAGAGUUUACGUUCAACUUUGCGGGAAAUCAACACCAAAUUAUCUUUACAGAUCCAAACAUUCAAGGUGCUCAGCAGCGAUCACUUAGAUUAUCAAGCAUUCCAAGUUCGUUCAGAAACUAUCCUUCUUUGAGACAACAUCUGAGCAGAUACGGCAAAGUCAAGAAAAUACAUUUGGAUAGGUCAGAACAAAAUCCUCAUGCAGUUGUUACAUUUGAAACACCGGAAGAAGCAAAUAGGGCAAAGUCAGCUAAAUUAACAGUAAAUGAUGAAGUGAUUCAUGUGGAAUGGGAUCCAAAUGAAGCUUUUAAAUUGAAUCUUGCCAUUCCCCAAAGCACAACAAUGUCUGAGUGUGGUGGAUUGGCUGCAAUACCAGCAGGAAAAAGAUGCCUUCUAGUGACAUCAACAGAUAAAGCCAUACCGCAGGAUAUUGUUGAGUUGUAUUAUGGCAAUGAAACUGUAACUGGAGGUGGUGAAAUUGUUAGGAUUUUGCAGCAAGCUGAUGGUUUCCUCAUAGAAUAUAAAUCAGAAGAGUAUGUGGGUCGAGUACUUGAACGUGGUCAACAUCAUACAUUAGAAAAAUUUCAUACACAUGCCUUUGAAAGAUGUGUACCACCUUAUUAUGAAGAUCGUAUAAAGUUAUCGGGUCUAUCUCCAACAACACCUUUUAAAACUGUUCAAAUACUUUUGGCCAAUUACAGCAGGGAGGUUGGUGAGAAUGUUGAAGUCAUGUGUUCCCAGAUAGUAUGGUACAACAAAGAGUGUGUCGCAAUUUACACUGAGGAAAUAGAUGUGUAUGGUUUAUUGGAAGCAACAGAGGGAAAAAUAUAUAAAGGACAAGAACUAAAGGCCGAAUUGUUGAAACGCACACAUUGUUUAGAAGUCAAUGGCCCCAAAGACUGCAAUGAUGAUUUGGCGUUGUAUUUUGACAACAAAAUGGAAACUGGUGGUGAAAAUGUAACUCGCGUUCAGAGCAUUUCGGAUGGAACUGCCAUUAUUCAUUUUGCAAAAUUUUCAGUUGCUGAACGCGUUGUUCACUUUAUCAAAGGCAAACAACCUCCAUUAUGCAUUAAUGGUACACCGAUCACUGUCCGGUUAUGCUACCAUGAACUGAAUGUCCCCAUACCUGCUAAAGCAGAAGUUCCACAAGAGAGUCAGCCUGCUGCUCCUCAAUUACACAACUACAGUUAUCGCUUUAAUGGACAUCCAGAUAUCUUACAUUUCAUUGGUGGAUCCGAUGAAAUAGAUUUACUUAAUCAGAAACUUGGACAUGCAGAGAAUGUUGAGUUGAAUUUGGAAGAUGGAAGAAUAGUAGCAACACCUAAACAAAACUUGGAUAUGAACCAAACCGAUUUUGAUGCAACAUGUGAAGAGAUUAUUCAGGAAUUUCUUAAUUUGUUUAAGCACGAACAAACAGAAAUUGAUUCAACUAAACUGGAGUUUUUUAAAUCUGUCAUGAAUUGGGGAGAUAUUUCACUUCCUGGUGUGUUUAGAUGGUAUCUUGGCAACAAAGAAGCAGCAAUUCAUUUAAGGCACAGUUCAGCGGCUGUUGAGAUUGUGUCUCGUUCAGAUAAUGUUGGGAAAAUUAUUGAAGUAAUUAAGUCAUUGAAGGGAAAACUAACUCAGGAUACUAUUGAGUUCAGUGUGAAAGAUUGCAGGAAAUUUAAUGAAUGUGGCUGUUACAACAAGAUGUGUGAAAAGUACAGAGGGGUUCUAGCAUUUGAUUUUGAUGAAAGAAAACUAACUUUAAAGGGAAAUGAAUCCACAGUUGUAUCUGCAAAGGUUGAUGUAUCAACCAUGAUAAGGGCAAUUGUUAAACAUGGUGUAAAGAUCGGCAAGAAUGAGACGCAAUGUCUGAAAAAUGCUCUGUGUAACGAGAAAUCUGCUAUUCGGGAAAAAAUUCAAGAAUGCUUCUGUAAAGCUAGGAUUCUUGCAUCACUGCAAUUGGCAACAGUACCAAUCUUGUAUUGUUCCUCUGACUUCGAUGUUGCAAAUUAUGAACUAGAUCAAUUGAUAUCGAGUGAUGUUAUGGUGCUAGAUACAACUUCAAGUGCUGAACUUCUUGGCACACCAGCAUGGACUACUCUGAUUGAUUCAAUGCAGAAUGGUUUAGUUCAAGUGUGGAUAUCACCAAGUGAAGGAAACAGUUUGGUGUUUUGUGGAUUUAAAACUGAGUUGAACAAAGCAAAGGAUUUAGUCACAAAAUUUAUCAAUGAAAAUGAAAAACUAUCUCGAACAGUGCAGUGCUCCUACAGAGCUGCAUCGUUUUUUAAAAUGCUUGAUCCUCAAAGCAAAUCUGCGCUACCUUGGGUAAAAUGGGAGCUUACUUUUAAAAAUGGGGGUGGAAUUGAAAUCACUGGAACACGAAAAGAGCUAAAUAAAGCUGCACAUUGGAUACAAAAUCGCAUUAAAUCUUACAAAGUUCCGAAAGCUCAUGAUGUUUAUGAUGCUGGUUUUUCUGAAUUCUUCAGAUCAAGCAAGGGUGAAGCCUCAAUAAAAGAUAUUGGGAAAAGGAACGAAUGCCUUAUUCUCUUGGAUCAUGAACAUUUUGGAUAUUACGACCCGAAUGUACAGACUGUCAGUCCGAUCAAGUCCGUUUCAUUAAAAGAUGGUAAUACCACCAUCAAUGUGUACAAGAGCAACAUGUCCAUACAUCGAUGUGAUGCUGUGGUGAUUCCAAUAUCUCCUGGUAUGGAUUUACCCCCUGAUGGUGUUUCUAAUGCAGUUGCUAAAAGGGGUGGAGAAACCUUUGAGAAAGAAUUGAAUUUGAAAAAAGAGGAGUUGAAUUCCAAAGUUGCUGUUGGACAAGUGGUGACAAUUCCUACAAGCUCCCACUCUGUAUUUAAACAUUGUAUUCUUGCUGCACUUCCAGCACGUUGGCAUGAUGAGCAGACACCUGGGAAACUGUUGGAAUCUUGCAUCAAAAAUGCUCUGGAAGCUGCAAACAAAUACAAGGCCACUUCUGUUGCUUUCCCUGCAUUGUGUUGUGGAAAAUGUGGUGGAGAUAUUGACGAAUGCGUUUCUAUUCUAGUAAGAAGCUGCAAGGCUUUCUUUAUGCAACACAAAACUUCAAGAGUCAACCAGGUUGACUUGGUGGAAUUAUCAAAUGAAAAGGUUCUAAAAGCAUUUGAAGCUGAGUUAUCAAAAGAUGAAAAACCAACUAUGAAAAAAGUACCAAAAGUGGAUAAGUCGAAUGCAAAAGCUAACAAACUUAAGAUCAAUCUUGUCAUAGGAAGCAUUACUAAACAACGUGCAGAUGUGAUGAUAAACAGCACUGAUCCUGGAAGUGUACAUGAGGUUGGAAAAUCAAGAUUGGCUGCAGCCAUUCGUGAAGAUGCAGGAAUUGGCCUUUUGAAUGAGUGCAAAACACUGCCUCAAAAUGAAAAGUUGUUGGGAAAUGUUUUGGUAACAAAAGGCCACAAUCUUCACUGCCAACAUGUAUAUCAUGUUUUAAUCAGCAAGUGGGAUUUUAAUGAUGAAGCUGCCAGCACAGCUUUAAUAAAAAAAGUAGUCAGGAAAGCCUUACAGUUGGCCACACAGAACAACUGCACAAGUAUUGCUCUUCCAGCUAUAGGUUGUGGUGCAUUUGGUUUUCCAGCAGAACAGGUGGCAAAGUAUAUGAAACAAGAAUUUGAUAAUGUUCAGGGAAAAACUACUUUAAGAAGUAUUUAUAUCAAUCUCCAUCCAUCAGAUGUUAAAAUUAUACAGAAAUUCAGAAAUGUAUUUGCAAAUGACAUAAAAGUGGGCAAUUCCAACUCUAGGAAUUUGCAAAUUGAGAUAGUCAAGGGAAAAAUUGAAAAUCAAAAAUGCGAUGUUUUUGUAAACAGCGUUUCUGACACUAUGGAUUUAAAAGGAUCCGGAGCCUUGUCAAAUUCUAUACUAAACGGAGGUGGCGAUGUGGUAUUGCAGCAGUUUAAUGACAUGAAGCGAAAAUAUGCAAGCUCUACAAUCAGAGUAACAGAUGGUGGUAACCUUCCUUGUGAUGUUGUUAUCCAUGGUGCAACCAGCAAACUUGGUAUUCAACAAUUCGUCACAGAAUCUUUGCAAAUAGCUGAUGAAUUGGGAAAAUCAACAAUAGCCUUGCCGGCCUUAGCCACUGGAAAGUUAGGAGGAAAUCCAACUGCUUGUGCAAUUAACAUGAAAAAAGCGAUCAUUGCAUUUCGACAAUACAAUCCACAGCAUGUUAACUCUGUGAAAGUGGUUGUCUAUGAGGGCCGUAUGUUGCGAGAAUUUAAACACGUAUUUGUUGAAGAUGGAAACAGCAGUGUAGGUACUUUAACUCUGGGUUCAGUAUGCUUAGAGGUUUAUGAAGGUGAUGUUACUAAAGAAACUGGAGAUGUCUUGGUAAAUAAUGUAGCACAGAAUCAACAACUUGAACAAGCAGGUCCCUUAUCUAAAUCCAUUGUCAACGCAGCUGGGUCAAGCAUAGUGACUGAGUUUAACACGCAAGGUACUAAAAGUAUGAAAGUGACAUCUGGAGGAAAUCUAUCUUACGAUAUGAUUGUUCAUGUUGGCUGUGGACCCAACGCAACACAGGAUGUCAAUAACAUAGUAAUAGAAGCUUUGCAAAGAGCUGAAGCUAUGAAUAAAUCAACAGUUGUGCUUCCCGCUAUUGGAACAGGCAGUUUUACAGGAACAAGAGACAACGUGCCAAAGUGUGCAAAGAAAAUGAGGGACGGGAUUGACUCAUUUAUUAAACAAAACCCAGUUUCUGUUAAAUCUAUAAAAGUUGUGGUGUUUGACAGUGGAAUGCUACUACACUUUCAAAAGGCUUUGUUGGAAAAAAGACAAGGUCUCAUGCGUUGGCUUUAUAAAGCUGCAAAAGGAAAAGUCAUGGGCGACAAUAAGGAAAGCAGUGUUGACCCAGAGUUAACUGACCAUGUAACUUUUUACUUCUGUGCUUUAGAUGACUCGAAAAUACAUCAGACCAAAGCGGACUUGAGAACAAUUAUAAAAGAAGAAUCUCGCUCCGAAACCAUUCAAGAUGAGAUCAUUGCGCAGUUGGAUGAAUGGUAUAUUAAGAAAAUUAAAUCACAAGAUGGAGUUAAGGUUAAAAUUAUUUCUCGGUCCAGCGAGAUUUCAAUAGAAGGGCUUAACCUUAAAGUUGUAGAAGCUGUUGGGGAAUGCAAACAUUUACUCAGUGAGUUUAAGAGAGCCAAGAGCAAUGCAGCUGAGGUUCAAUGGUAUUACAAAGAACAAGAUGAUGAUGAUGAAGUUAAACCCUUUUCUAUGGCAAUAAAUCUUGAAAUUGAUACACUCUUUAAAACGGUUGGUUCGGAAGAGCAAUGUGAACAAAUCAGUGUAGAUGGUGUUGACAUAGUUGUAAAUUUUUCUUCUGAAACAGCACUGCUUGAUGGAUUGUUAGUGGAUAUAUACAGAUGUGAUAAAAGCAAAGGUUAUCCUGAUGUGUGGAAACCAAUGAAACGAAAUGAGAAAUUAUUGACUGUCGAUGUUGAUCCUUGGAGUGAUGAAUUUAAAAAAGUUUUAAAGGAGUUUAAGCAAAGUAGCUCUUUUAUAAAAUCAGUUGUGAAGCUACAGAGACUGCAACAUCCAUUCCAAUAUGACCAGUUUCAUUCAAGAGAGAAGGAUGUUGAAACAGAGUUGAAAUCUCGUAAUAAAACUCACCUGCCUGUAACAAGGCGCCUAUUUCAUGGAACAAGUCCUGAAAGUUGUGAAAAAAUUUGCAAAGAAGGAUUCAAUCGUUCAUAUGCUGGGAAAAAUGCUACCAAAUACGGAAAAGGCAUGUACUUCGCUGUUAACUCAAGUUACUGUCAUGAUAAUGGCUUUGCACAGCAGGGUGCUGGCAAUUGUCACAUGUUUCUUGCUGACGUGGUGACUGGAGAAUUCGGUCAGGGUUCUCCCAAUAGUAUUGUACCACCAAGUACAAGCAGUGGCAAUAAAGAAUCCUGCCACAGUGCAGUUGAUAAUACAACAAACCCAAGCAUGUUCAUUGUGUUCAGAGAUUAUUGUGUUUACCCGCAUUACCUUUUAUCUUACCAAAAAUAAUAGUUACUAUAACACCUAUUCACAUUUAUACUUCAUAACAUAUUUUUAUCAAUUGAGCAUAGCUUGCUUUAUAAUAUUAAUUUUUUCAAACAUAACAGCAGCUUAUGUAUAGCAUGAUCUUAAUGUUUUAUUAUUUUUGUACUUUUUUUUGUGAUUUUACACUGAACUCAUUAAAUAUUUCAAACUGUAAGGUUUUUCUUUUAUAUAAUUAUGCAUAUACUUGAUAAAAUACAGUACUGUACAUACUACCGUUACAAUUGUAAUAUUGUUAGAGGGAAAUAGAAAAGCAUAUUUUAA